AUGAGGCAACCAGCAACCAGACCAACCCCAAAUUGGGGCAACUGCAACCGAAAAAAAGACCGGACCAUGGUCCGGUUCAGUUCGGUCCUAUGGACUGAACCUUUAAACACUAAUAAUUUUAGUUGGCCAGAUUUAAAUGACUGUGCAGGCAACUGCCCAGGUUAUAUCAUAAAAGUGGCUCAUGCCCCUGCACGUCUCAAAAAGGAACUUGACAGCGUUCUCAAGCUUCAGUCGACCAUCGACACGACAGAUGAUGUGAUCACCUGCCUUGCUGACCGAUUCUCGAAGUCAACAUUAGAAAGUUUGGCAAGAACCCAAGAACGGCUCAAGGAUAAGGCUUUUAGUGCUGGCCUGCGACCUCAAAAUCAACAUCUGAAAGCGGGCGGGACCAAGAUUCACCAAAGCACUCGAGACGCGAUUGCCAAAAGGAAGCUGGCCCUUCUCAAACUAGCAGCCAUCUACUGCCCUGAGUGGGGACUCCCACUCCCUGAAGCCCUCCCUGUCAAGCUCGAUGCCUUGCAGAAUAGCUCCUCACUCUUGGAAGACAUCUGGAUUAUGCACAGUCCACAGGAGAUUCCUCGAUGGCUCGAUGAAGUUGAGGUUCGAGUUGGGAUACGAGCAAUGUUGAAGGUAGAUCAUUGCUUGGAGGAACGUCGUAGAUUAGGUCAGGAAGCAGAUAAUUUGUGUCGCUGGUUUGGCCAGGAGCUCUUGGCUCUGGAGGCUGCUGUUCUCUCCCCAUCCAACCAACCCAUUUUGGUCCUUCUCGAGACCUGGCAUGCUCAUCUUCUCUCACUCAAAUGCCGAUGGACCAAUGUCCUUGCAUCAGGUGUUCACUUCGAAAGUCACGUCCAAGCUGCGACUGACCUGAAACAUCGCAUGCCAACCUUUACUCCUACCUCUCCAGCCACCAAUGUCCGUGGACCUGUGACAUGGCUAACGCCCCUUACAGAGAGGGUCGCUGAACUUACUGAUGCCGACCCUGCCUACCAUGCAUUCGAUUUCAUUGAGCAUAACGACAUGGCUAGGGACACAGGGGAAGUCCUUUUUGCCGACCUCAUUGAUGCCGAGUUAGAUGAUGACAAUGAAUCGUUUAACGACCAUCUGGAGCAAUUACCACCCCAACAUCUGCCGGAAGAUCCUAUAAAGCUGGUCUGGGACUUGCCUGACCGCUUUGUUUUCGAUGAGGAAGACAUCCUACGCUUUGAAACUCCUCGGGCACUCCUCAAUGAUGUGUGUAUCAAUAGCACUGCCACACUCUUUCAACAUACCUGGUCCCGCCCCAGUGAAUAUCACGAAAUGGAUAGCCGACGCUGUGCCAUCUUUUCGACUUUCAACCUCCACAUGGUGCACUACAAUUGCCCACUCUCUGAUAUCUGGCACCGUACCUCUCAUCUGGAAUUCUGGCAUAAGGACAUCUGGCUACUCCCCAUCCAUCGACCAUGCCCCGCUGGUCAUUGGGUAUUAGCUGUUAUUCUGGUGUCAUCGGGCAAAAUAUUUCUAUUUGACAGCUUCACUGAACUUGCCCCGUGGAAACAUGAAAUCAGUGAAAUAAUGCUUCUAAUUACUCGGCUUGUCCUCGCUUCGAAUCAUAACGGCCAUCCGCUUCACAUUAUUACCGAAGAAGGCUGGUCCGCGCAGCCCCUUUUAUUGCAUGCUGUCCAGAACAACGGCCAUAGCUAUACUCACUCCAUUCUUAUGCCGUUGCCUAUUCUCUUUGGUAUGCAAAACCUUUCGCUAGCUGAAGAAGGUGUGCCUUGCAUGUCUGAAAUGCGCAUGAAGAUGGAUUCAAAGCUGGGUGUGGCGGCCAUCGGCCUGGGCCGUAUUCUUUGGGCCGGCGAUGGCAUGGCUAGUGGUAGCAAUGUGCGCUUUUUGCUCUGUUGGCUUUUCGUUUGGCAUCCGCUGUGUAAUGUAACUGUGGUUGACCCAUUGAGGGAGCGUGUAAGAGAACAAAUGUCGGAUAUCAUAGCUAUCUACAAUGCUCUGGCCUGCAUGAAUCCUUCGUUCGCGUGGCUGAUGGAGAUUGCCGAACAGCUAUACAGUUGCCAACCACCCACUUGGUCUUUCCAUGCUUCAUCCUCACAAUUAUGUGCGACACUCCCACUCAUGCCAAUACCCCCUCUGGGGCCCGAGAUGUCAUCAACGAUAAUGCCAGACUCACCUGAGAUCGAUGUACUCAACGCUACUGAUUUACCUGCGCUCCAUCGAGCCCCUCGUCCUGCAGGCACAACUACCCCUCCUGCCGUUAACGGGCAACUUCUAAGUGGUGGGACCAGCAUGAGUGAUGACAUCCUCAUUGUGUCUUGUGGUUUCUGCGAAGCUCGCAACGUUGUGGAGACAUCGAAGGACGCGUACUAUGUUGUAUUCAAGGGAAAAGGCAGUGUAGGUAUAUACUGGUCUAUUGACGACGCCAAUGCCUUCGUUCGGGGCGUGCCUAAUGGUUGUGUAAAACAUUACACCACUUGCAAGGCCACUUUUGAUGCGCUUGCUCAGGCCAAAGCAUCUGGGGGUGUCGAGUUUUUGUAG